AUGUCCAUCCUCCAUCGCGCAGUAGCAGCAGCAGGAGCAUCUGCCAAAAUCACAUACGCACGGCAGGCAGCGCACAUCCACCUCUUCGACUCCGCCACCUACACCGCCGCCCCAGUCUCGCGCAGGCCGCACUCCUCAGUCUCCCAGGACUUCGAUGCCCUUCUCUCUACAAGCUUCACAAGCAAGACACAGGCGAAUGCAUGCGCAGGAGCAGCUGCAGGAGGAACUAUAGCAUCGCAAGAGCAGCACAUCAAACAGGCGCUCAAGCAAGCCAUGGUAGUCGGCAGGAAAGUCGCAGGCAUGAAUGUUCCUCUGGAUCUUGGCGCAAAGGAACUUGCCAGGCUUGGUCUGUUUGGCGGUGCACAGGGCCGCGUCUUUGAGCUCGCCCUAUAG